AUGGUGAUGGAGGUGGUGCACGAGGACGACGCCGGCGACGGCGGGAUGCACUGCGCGAACCACCCCUUCAAGAACAGCGCCUCCCCCGGCGGCAUCUGCGCCUUCUGCCUCCAAGAGAAGCUUGGCAAACUCGUGUCCUCCUCUUUCCCCAUGGCCGUCUUCCCCUCUUCCUCCUCCUCCCCUUCCCCUUCCUUCAGAUCCGACAUUGACGCCGCCAGCGCCGCCGCAGGCGGCCUCCCCCUCCGCCACCUCGCCUCCUCAUCCCAGACCGACGCCGACACCAACGACGCCUGCUAUUACUCGAGGAGAUCCUCGAGGCUGCCCUUUGUCCUGACCCACAGGAAAAACAAAAACAAAACCAAAAGUAAAAACAUCAACUUGGCCGAUGGGAGCUCGGAAAAUUCGAGCAUCGUCUUCAAGAGGAGCAAAUCCACCGUGACCCCAAGACGAGGUAUGCAUUUCUUGGACGAGACCUUAGAUAGCCCAAACAAAAGAAGCUUCUGGUCGUUUUUCUCCUCCUCAAAGCACUGUAAUCCCAGGAAAAACGACAAAGAUUCGAACUUUACGCUUAAUGUCGGUAAGAGAGAAGAAUUCGUGGCUGUUGACGAAAGCCCGGAUGUGGGUUUGGGCCAGAAGGUGUCGAGAUCCAGAUCCGUUGGGUGUGGGAGUAGGAGCUUUUCAGGUGAUUUUUUCGAGAGGAUCUCCACAGGCUUUGGCGAUUGUACUCUGAGGCGAGUGGAGAGCCAGAGGGAGGGGAAAUCGAAGGUACAACCGCCGGUGCAGAGGAAUAAUGGUAAUUGCAUCAAGGAGAGGGUUAGGUGUGGUGGGAUCUUUAGUGGCUUCAUUAUCACUUCAUCUUCAUCCUCUUCAUCAUCUCUGGUUUCUGAGGAUAAUAACAGCAAUAAUAAUAAUAAUAUGAAUAAGUGUAAUAAAAAUGGAAAAUCAGUUUCAGUGGGUGACUCAUUGUCUCAUGGGAGGAGCAAAAGCUGGGGAUGGGCACUUGCAAGCCCAAUGAGAGCUUUUUCAAGCAAGCAAUCAGCCUCUGGGAAGAAGGAUUCAGCCAAACAGGUCACUCCUAAUUUGGCUGCAAUUCCUUCUUUGUUGGUCUUGAAAUCUGCUAAGUGA